AAGGAAUGUGCUUGCGUUGCGCAGGAAACCGCUAGUUCCUCAAGACUUACAAAUGCGGUGGAUGCACUGUAAACCGUAUCGAAGUCACAAUUUAGUAGAAAGCCACCAGAAGAACAUUUAGUAACAUAGCAUUAUAAAACCUUUCCCAGCAGCCACCUGGAGUAUUUUUUAUUUUUUUGUGGAGCGGUGUCGUUUAUCGCUUAUCUGAGGACUUGAGUUUUAGAUUUCACUCAGCGACCGUUGACUUUUGUCACACUGUUGUGUCAGUCUAAAAACCAACUUUACAAGUAUUUUUUUUUUCGUCGAGAAAAGAGGAUUACGCUUUGAAGAUGUCCGUGGCGGGCUUAAAGAAGCAGUUUUACAAAGCCAGCCAGAUGGUGAGUGAGAAGGUUGGUGGUGCUGAGGGAACUAAACUGGACGAGGAGUUCAAGGACCUGGAGAGAAAAGUGGAUGUGACAAAUAAAGCUGUAAUAGAAGUCAUCUCUAAAACAUCAGAGUACCUGCAGCCCAAUCCAGCAUCUCGUGCAAAGCUCUCUAUGUUGAACACGAUGUCUAAGAUUAGAGGGCAAGUGAAGAGUCCAGGUUAUCCACAGGCAGAGGGGCUGCUGGGAGAAUGCAUGGCAAAGUAUGGCAGAGAACUCGGAGAGGACACAAACUUUGGUGGUGCUCUAGUUGAUGUUGGUGAAAGUAUGAAGAGGCUAGCAGAGGUGAAGGAUUCUUUGGACAUUGAUGUCAAACAGAAUUUCAUCGACCCGUUACAAGGCUUGUCUGACAAGGACUUGAGAGAAAUACAGCACCAUUUGAAAAAGCUGGAAGGACGCAGGCUGGAUUAUGACUACAAGAAGAAACGUCAGGGGAAAAUUCCAGAUGAAGAGGUCAGGCAGGCUCUGGAGAAGUUCCAUGAAUCUAAGGAAGUGGCCGAGAUCAGCAUGUACAACCUUCUGGAAACUGAUAUCGAGCAGGUGAGCCAGCUGUCGUCACUGGUUGAGUCCCAACUGCAGUACCACAAACAGGCUGUUCAGAUCCUGGAUGAGCUUUCUGACAAACUCAGAGACAGGAUGAAAGAAGCUCAGACACGUCCUCGUAAAGAGUAUGUGCCCAAGCCCAAGCCUGUAAUUGACUUUGGAGACACCAACGAACAGUCAAACGGUGGCUUCACCCCAUCAUCUGUUCCACCCAUGCGCAAUGCAGCAGCAGAGCAGCCUUGCUGCAAAGCUCUCUAUGAUUUCGAUCCGGAGAAUGAAGGCGAAUUGGGCUUCCACGAGGGUGACAUCAUCACUCUGACCAAUCAGAUUGAUGAAAACUGGUAUGAAGGCAUGCUGCGUGGCACAUCUGGAUUCUUCCCUCUCAACUACGUGGAGGUAAUCGUUCCUCUGCCACACUAAGAGGUCUUCGUUGAUGAAAAGAGGGGAGAGAGAGAAAGAGCAAUAAAAAAAGUGAAAGGGAGAAAGCUGGAGGGAAGUGACGUAGGGAGUAAGGAGCCAGUUGAAGUCAUCUUGGUCUUCAUCCUCACCACAUUGUUGCCGUUGAUCCAAAUGUACCUGUACUCUGGCACUUUUACACAUUGAUUGGUUUUUUGAAGGAGGGAACUUUGGGAAAUGAUGACCUUUCACAUUCCAGGACUGACUGACUGACCAGUUGACUGACGCUAUUACCUGGUCCUUAAGCUAACAUUUCAGACACACUAACUCACUUCAUUGUCCAAGUCUUUUAAUAAUGUCUCAUACUGUUUGUCCUGCAUGAACCGAAAAGAAAUGACUACAGACUAUCCCUGUGGUGAAAUGAUCAUGCUUUUAAAGAGUAGACAGGCUGUUCUUAAUCAGUACAAAUUCUCAUUUGUUGUAUUGUGAGAAGUUGCAUUUCGACUGGUCCCCUUUACUGCCCCUGCUGGUCAGGCUGCGACAUUGACUUUUCUCAGAUUAAGGAGAAACUGCCUUCUAUCUGAGACCAACACGUGAGCACUGUGGGGCUGUGCAACGUCCCAGUGUGCAGCAAUCCUGAGCCACAGGCCUGUAGAAAGGAAAGUCCUUUCUUACACUCCAUAAUUAAAACAUUUUUCUAUAACUUUUUGUCAUCUAAUAUUUUUUCAUUAAUAUUUUUACAUGAUGUUAGAAAUUAGAUGCUGAAUUGCACCUUGGAUUACACCUAAGGGAUGUGUUUAGUCAGGUAGAGAGGGCUUUACUGCACUACAUCAGUUUUGAAACACUUCGUGCCUCCCUUACAACUCACUAAGGGCGGCAGACAAACCAUUUACACACUGUUUUCUGAAAGAAACACAGCCAAAUAGUUCUUCUUCCGGCAGCCUGAAUAACAAGUCUUCCUCUCUUUCUCCUCUUUUGAUGUCAGUUUACGGUAGUCUCUACAUCUGAUGCUGCUGGCAGUGUCCCAUUAUUUCUGGUGUGUAUAUGGGAGUGUGUUAAGGAUGGAUGUUGGCUCAUAAGCCCCAUAUUAAAGUCUAAUUAACACAAUGUUUUGAUAUUUAAAAAAAUCUUCCCAUCUUGAAAUGAAGGGAUGGUGCUACGUCUCUUGCUCUCUCCCAUCACCUGCAAUGUGUUUUUAGAGCUUUAAAAGUGAUUGAAGAUCUAGUUUCUUCAUUACUCAGUGUUCCCUAGUUUUUAGGAUGUUUUUUUCUCCCGUCACACUCCAUAAAAGCAUGGACCUACACACUCUCCACCCUGACUCCCAAGUCCUGUCUGCAUAGAGCACCUAUGUGUCCUCUUCCUCUCUGAAUCUGUUUACAUGUUUUGUCCACGGUUUGUGUUGCUCAUGGUAACCAACCGUAGUAGAUGUGCUGAAGCAGACAGGCUACGAUCACUGUUUCAAUGUGAAAAAAAGAGUUUUAGUGCCUUUUCGAUGGCAAGAAUUGAUCUAGAGCACCAAACAAAAUAUUAAUUAUGAUUUUCGAACUAAUAUGUAGUUUCUGUCUGUGCUUUUUCUGUAUUUACGAAGGGCUUGUUGGUUUCAGUAUUUGGCAUGAGCUGUGACCAGAUGUACAAGCAUGUGUACAGAUGUGCCUUUGCAACACUACAAGUUAAAGAAAACAACAAAUGGGUUAUUUCUGUCUAAUCGAAUGAGGGUACAAGAAUGAUUUUCAUGAGAAGAAAUCAUUCUGGCACUGCUCUUUUUAGUAUUAUAUAUUUUUUAUAUGCAUACAAAACCAUUCAACCUUUUUUAUUAAUGACUUUUGCAUGUUAGCUUAAUAGCAGGUUGAUGUAUGUUGUAGUUUUAAAGUCUCCUCUUGUAUGUUUCAGAUUUAACUGCAUUAUAUUGUUAUUCUUAAAUAUCCCAAACCUUAAAUAUUUGUAUCUUAUUGUGUCCACUUGUCUUUAAGUAAAUAAAUUCAAGAAAGUAC